AUGGCCUCGAUUAUGCCCAACGUCGCUCCCAUGGUGGCUGCCAGUCAUGGUAACAGAGAGCAUUCCUUUAACCCCUACACAGACAACGGUGGUUCAACCUUGGGUAUCGCCGGCUCAGAUUUCGCCAUUCUCGCAGGCGACACACGUUCCGUCGCCGGUUACAACAUCAACUCCAGAUACUCUCCCAAAGUGUUCCAGAUCGGUGGCGAUGCCGAGACCGGCGAAGGAGCGCAUAUUGUACUCUCAGUAGUUGGAUUUGCUGCAGAUGGCCAAGCCCUGAAAGAGCGACUGGACAGUGUUGUCAAGGUCUACCGAUACCAGCAUGGCAAGCCAAUGUCAGUCAAGGCCUGCGCACAGCGACUAUCGACGAUCCUCUACUCCAAACGCUUUUUCCCAUACUACGCAUACGCUAUUCUCGCCGGCUUGGAUGAAGACGGGAAGGGCGCUCUGUACAGCUAUGAUCCAGUGGGCUCGUACGAGCGGGAGCAGUGCCGUGCCGCAGGAGCCGCGUCCAGCCUCAUCAUGCCUUUCCUCGACAACCAGGUCAACUUUAAGAACCAGUACAUCCCCGGCAGUGGAGAGGGACAUGCUUUGGAGAAACGUGAACCAGCGCCUUUGCCGCAAGAUCACGUGGAGCAGUUGGUACGAGAUGCGUUUACAAGUGCAGUGGAGCGACACAUCGAGGUGGGCGACGGCUUGCAAAUGAUGAUUAUUACCAAGAACGGUAUCGAGGAGACGUACACGCCAUUGAAGAAAGACUAG